AUGAUGCUUGACUCCAAAGCCUCUGAUCUUGACAAAGAAGAACGUCCUGAGGUACUCUCUUUAAUCCCACCAUAUGAAGGGAAAACGGUGCUGGAACUUGGAGCUGGCAUUGGUCGUUUCACUGGUGAAUUGGCUCAAAAGGCUGGUGAAGUUAUUGCCCUUGACUUCAUUGAAAGUGCCAUUAAGAAGAAUGAAAGUGACAAUGGGCAUUACAAGAACGUCAAGUUUAUGUGUGCUGAUGUGACAUCUCCAGACCUGAAAAUCGAAGAUGGAUCUGUCGACUUGAUUUUCUCAAACUGGUUGCUCAUGUAUCUGUCUGAUAAAGAGGUGGAACUUUUGGCAGAAAGAAUGCUUGGAUGGAUAAAGCCAGGAGGAUACAUUUUCUUCAGAGAAUCUUGCUUCCAUCAAUCUGGAGAUAGCAAGCGUAAAUCAAACCCCACUCACUACCGUGAACCAAGAUUCUAUACCAAGGUUUUCCAGGAAUGCCAGGCACGUGAUGCUUCUGGCAAAUCAUUUGAGCUCUCUAUGGUUGGUUGCAAAUGCAUUGGGGCGUAUGUGAAGAACAAGAAGAAUCAAAAUCAGAUAUGCUGGAUUUGGCAAAAAGUAAGCGUGGAGAAUGACAAGGACUUCCAGCGUUUCUUGGACAAUGUUCAAUACAAGUCCAAUGGGAUCUUGCGCUACGAGCGUGUCUUUGGGCAAGGAUAUGUGAGCACUGGUGGUUUUGAGACAACUAAAGAGUUUGUGGCGAAGAUGGAGCUCAAACCAGGACAGAAAGUCCUAGAUGUUGGUUGUGGUAUCGGUGGAGGUGACUUCUACAUGGCUGAGACUUUCGAUGUUCAUGUUGUUGGUAUCGAUCUAUCAGUCAACAUGAUCUCUUUCGCCUUGGAGCGUGCUAUUGGACUCAAAUGCUCAGUCGAGUUUGAAGUCGCUGAUUGCACCACAAAGACAUAUCCUGAUAACUCUUUUGACGUCAUUUACAGCCGACACUAUUCUCCACAUCCAAUAAUCAGCAUUUGUCUCUUCUUCUUUCAGGACAAGCCGGCUCUGUUCAAGAGGUUCUUCAAGUGGCUUAAACCAGGUGGGAGAGUUCUCAUCACCGACUAUUGCAAGAGUGCUGAAACUCCGUCUCCUGUAUUCGCUGAGUACAUUAAACAAAGAGGAUAUGAUCUCCAUGAUGUUCAAGCUUAUGGACAGAUGCUGAAAGAGGCAGGCUUUGAAGAUGUGAUCGCAGAGGACCGUACUGAUCAGUGA